CUUAUCAAAACCUUCAAAACACAAAAAUGGCCAUCCAACAAAUUACGCAUGCGCAGUUGCCGGCGCUUUAAAACAAGUCUCGAGGAGGGAACAUGAAGAUACUUGCAGGUGGACUUUGAGUUGUAGUCGAGAGCACACAUGGGAAGUGGUUGUGGUUAAAUUGCAUCGCCGAGGCGUUGCAGGAUGGGAAUUCGUUGUGUUCGCCAUGACUCUAAGAUCCACGCUGUUUCCAAAGACGGGAUUCAGGCAGAAGGUUGACACCGUCGACUUUGAUAAAACGCAUAUUUUUGCCGCCACAGUGAGUCCCGUGAGCUUCAAGAGGGAGUCUUGCGACUUUGUUACAGAUGUUCAAGACGUGCAGAGGGUCGAGAUCCCGAACAAGUCUAAGGAUUUAGACCAGAAUUACAUGACAAGCAAAGUUGCCCUCGCUGCCACAGUUGCAGAAGUAGUUCAAGGAGACAAUAAAACUGUGGGCAUAUUGUCCCCUGUCAGACCAAUGGGGGGUGAGGGAACCCCAGUUAAAGGUAAACCCCUCGCUGUUGACAGCAUGGAUAACCCUCAGAUGGCUGUGAACAAUAACCCUAAGGACGCUGGUGGUGAUGAUAGUGCCAAGGGGGUUGUCCCUGGAGUCCUGGGCACUGCAUCAAUUGAACUCUCUUCUGAGGGCAAGUGGAGGAACAUCAGAAAGAGCCCUGCCAAUCCACACACCCAGGCCAACUGCCUCCGACAGAUUCUCCUCCUUCAACUGGACCUUAUUGAACAACAGCAACAACAGCUGCAGUCCAAGGACAAGGAGAUAGAUGAGCUCAAAGCAGACAAGGAGACACUGCUGGCACGUAUUGAGCGCAUGGAGCGUCGCCUGCAGCUCACAAGGAAAGACCUGCCACGUGACAAGCGUCUUUUCCAGCCCCUGGAGCCAUGGACCCCUGACAAAGAGGAUAUAUGGGAUCUGGAUGUAGAGGAGAGUCCGCAACCCAACCCAUCCACUCCACUCCCCUUUAGUCGGUGUGGCAAAGGUCAAAAGAGGAAAUCUUGCUUUGGAGAUGCAAAAGUCCAGAAAUUGCGGGGCAGGAGUGGCAAAUUCAGCCCGGAGAAACCUGAGCUUCAGCCUGGCUCCCCCAAUCAGCGAGAGCUUCGCAGUAAGGAAACCCCAGAGAAGACUGUUUCUUUGAGGUCGGGGGCUGAAAGGGACAUUUUGCACACAACUAAAGAGGAACCUGAGCUGAGCUGUCAGAUGGAAGAUCUGCCCUUCAUGUCGACCACAGAGAUGUAUCUCUGUUGCUGGAAUCAACCUCCCCUGUCACCUCUGCGUGAGACUUCCCCUAAAAAGGAGGAAGAGGUGGCCAGUGAGUGGACUCUUCAUGUAGUACAUGAUAUGCUGAUUGUUUUUCCUUCUUGGAGGGAAAAUUGUAUGGAGCCCUUGGAUGACAAUGACUCCUUUCACCUCUCUGAGCCGCUGGAUGAUAGCACAUUUUUGAAACGGCACGCGAAGCUCGAGUUGGAUGAGAAGAGGAGGAAAAGAUGGGACAUUCAGCGAAUCAGAGAGCAGCGCAUGUUUCAGCGUUUGCAGCAGCGCAUGAAUAGGAGGAAGGUCAUCCAGGAGGUCGAACCAGAGCUGCUGUCCUUCUAUCCCGAGACCGAGGAUGUUGAAACUAUAAUGAUCACUCCUUUCCUGCCUGUGGUUGCAUUCGGCCGGCCGCUGCCCAAGCUCACACAACAGAACUUUGAGCUGCCUUGGCUGGAUGACCGGAGCCGAUGUCGUAUCGAGGUGCCCAAAAAACACACGCCUCACCGGACCUGUCGGAAGUGAACCCCAUGUGGCAUUAAUAGCGUAGAGAUGCAGCUCCUCGCCCAGAUUAGAAAAUGCUCCGUUUGUCUUAUCUGAGGUGGGGAGACCAGUCGCUGUGUAUGUCAGUCUAUGGGAGAGUAAAUGACCGUCCAGUCUCCAUGUGUCACCACAGAGCAGCUCCUGCAGAAUACUGGACAGAAGUGGGACAUAGCUGCAGCAUCACGUGUCAUGUAUUUGUGGUCUCAUUUACACAUCUGAAGGGAAGACUAAGUGCUUGAUGACACAAGGUGACAGCCUCCAUAUUAGCAGCUGUUGAAGAAUACACAUCAGUUGAUAUCUUUAAAAAAUUUCUAAGAGUUACAUGCAUGCUCUGUAACAUGACUGAGAUAUAUUUUGUUGGAGCUUGUGCAUCCAAAACUGAUUUUCUGUCAGAGUUAAUACAUAGCCAGCUGAUGGGAUAAACCGGGGACUCUGACCUUGAGAACAGCCCUGUGGGGGAACAGAUAUCGGUUGCUGUUCAUGGUGAGCAACACAGCUACAGCAUUUAGCUCUGGCCAAUCCUACCAAACUCAUUCUGCCUGUCUCAGUGGAAUGGUGUCGACAUCUGACGGUAUCGUGCUGUGUAUUGCCUUUCUUGUUCGCACAUAACUUCAAAUAAAAUUUUAUCAAUGUUUAGUGUUAUGGGGGUUCUGAGCCACAUUCAGCAUGAGUUCAUAUUAAAACUUGCUGUUCUUGAACCAGUUCAAUUUAAGGAGAAAUGAAAAGCAACCAAAAGAUUGUUCUGUGUUGUCCAGGGGUUUACGUCAAACCAAAGGCACAGACGUUUAGACAGGUGGUUAGGGUGGUGUGAAACCCAGCAUUCUGUUCCCCAUGCUGUUUCUUAUUAGUUACUUUCUAUUGUGUCAGUUGCAUGGACUAUUUAGCUGUAACAAAAAAGACGCUAGCAUGGCUUAACCCCAGAAUGGACAAUACUCUCUGCUCAUUGGGCCACAACAGCUACAACGUGUUGAAAGCAUGACUGUUUGCUGCUCUGGGCAGUGAGCACAGCUGUAUCCACCCUGGACAGCCUCAUCAUUUGGCCAUUGACAAUAACUCAGUGCAGUUUUGAAAUUAAUUUUUGUGUUUCCAAUCUUUACAACAUGUUUACAUCCAGUAGAUCAUCGGCUUAUGUGUAUGCAUUGGUCUCUGAGGGUGCAGCUAGCUGACAUUCAAAGAAACCAUUUUAGAUAAAUAUGCUUUGUAGCUGUAGUGAUGGCAGUGUUCACUGCUGUGUUCAUUAACAUGCUGCGUUCAUUAACAUGCUGCCUGUUGAUCUCAGUUGGGUUUCUGUUGUCCUUCCUCACUGCGUUCACUCCACCUCUUAUACAAAUGAUGCAAUUGCUUUCUGCACGUCUGUGUGGGCAGAUUCUAGAAAUAAAAAGUUGAUUUUCUUUCCCCCCCUGUACACAGCUUUCAGAAACAAAUGUACAUAAAACAUGGCUGUUAUUUUUUUAUUAUUUAAUGUUGGAAGUGUUAUUUCAAUAUUGUUCUAUGAUUGUAUGUUGACAAAUUGACAGUUUUGAAAGUUAAAUUUUUUGGAAUAAAAUUAACAUGUCAAUGA